AAUAUGUUGAUUGUUGUGCUAAAAAAUAUAAAAAACAAAAUAUUAUAGAAAUCAAAGAAGAAGAAAUAAACGAAUAUUUAAUGCUUACAAUAAUUGAAAAGGCAGGAUCAGCUGUUCCGAUUGUAAUUCCACAAAAACCGAUUAAACCAAUUUUAUUUCCUCAACUGCCUUCUGUUCCAAUCUCAAUUCCACAAAAACCGAUUAAACCAAUUUUAAUUCCUCAACCUUCUGUUCCAAUCUCAAUUCCUCAAAAACUGAUUAAACCAAUUUUAAUUCCUCAACCAUCUGUUCCAAUUUUAAUUCCACCAGAAGAAUCUAAUGAUAUAAACGAUAAAAAUAUAUUUAAUAGUAUAAAAGAAGAAAUAACAGAUUCAAUUAAAACAAAUAAUGAAAUAAAAGAUCUUAUAGAUAACUCAAUUUUAAAACAGAAUAAUAAAAAUGAAUUAUAUAAUCUUAGAAAACAGAAAUUAUAUGAAAAAAUA